AAAAUUUAUUAUUUCAAACGUUUAAAACCUACCUUGCUUCCACGCUUUCCGGCUGAACCUCUCUCUCUCUCUCUCUCUCUCUCUCUCUUCCCAUGGCGGUAUUUUACCGGUUGCCAAGGGCGAGAGGCUCAACGCAGAUCUUCUCCAUGACCUCCACAGUCCGGGCGUUCUCUUCGUCCUCUAUGUCGAAUUCCGGAAAUGACCUCAAAUCGCCGUCCCUACUCGCCCAGAAGCCCCUCCCUCUGCGUCACGAACCCAGGGACAGAAACGUCCAGUGGGUUUUCCUCGGCUGCCCUGGCGUCGGAAAAGGCACCUACGCGUCUCGACUCUCCAAUCUGGUUGGUGUCCCUCACAUCGCCACCGGUGAUCUCGUCCGUGAAGAGCUCUCUUCCUCUGGUCCCCUCGCUUCCCGGCUUGCAGAGAUUGUUAACCAAGGAAAACUGGUUUCAGAUGAAAUUGUAAUAAAUCUGUUGUCCAAGCAUCUUGAAGCUGGUGAAGCUAAGGGCAAAACUGGCUUCAUUCUUGAUGGUUUCCCUCGAACCAUAACACAGGCGGAAAUUCUAGAGGGGGUAACAAAUAUUGACUUGGUGAUCAACCUGAAGCUUCGGGAAGAUGCAUUGCUUGCAAAGUGCCUUGGAAGAAGAAUAUGUAGUGAGUGCGGAGGAAACUACAAUAUUGCAUGUAUCGAUAUUAAGGGUGAGAAUGGAAGCCCCGGAUUGUAUAUGGCUCCACUUCUCCCCCCUCCACAUUGUGCGGCAAAACUUUUCACUCGAUCUGAUGACACUGAAGAAGUUGUUAAGGAACGGCUUCGUAUAUAUAAGGAAAUGACUCAACCUGUGGAAGAGUUCUACCGCAGCAAUGGGAAGUUGUUGGAGUUUGAUCUACCAGGAGGAAUCCCAGAAUCCUGGCCAAAGCUGCUUCAUGCUCUGAAUCUUGAACAUGAUGACAAACAGUCUGCAGCAGCGUGAGUUAUAUUGAUAUUGUGUAUACCCACCAGAAGGUAAGUUGGAUCAUUAUUUGCAUGUUGAAGAUAUGUACGUGGAUAUCAAUUUCAAAAUGGGGAUGUCCAGCAAGAACUGGAAACAUGCUUAUACAUCUUCAAGGAAACUUCCUAUUCAGGUUUUGGAGAUACGUGCAAUUGUAAAAUGUUGUGUGAUGGGCAAGGAGGAAUUGCGUUGUUUUUGGCAGUGUUAUUUGGUUGAGAUAUAUGUUUAGCCAACGGUGAUAAUCUUCUAGGCAAUAAGUGUUAAUGGAAAUACAAAGUUGCUAAUUUGCUAAA